UCCAGUUUUAUUUAAAUGGUUGGUAUUAUGCUAAAAAGAUCCUCAGAACCCGAGCCUCCAAUCAAGCUUCAUUUGGUUCCGGAGGCCACUGCAAUCUACAUCGAUCUUACUCUCUGAAUACCACCCCCCCAUUCCUUCCUAAACCCCAAAUUCCAAUCCCUCGUGCCCAUCCAGUCAAAUUGCUAGGUGCAAAAAUAGAGGGAUGAAUGGGUAAGGUGUCUGUGUGCUUCUUAGAGGGAGGAGACAACCUCAAGCAACGAUCCUGCAGAGAAUUUGAUUGCUCACAAGUCAUUAUACUGAGAUCGAAAUGAGACGAGGCAAAGGCUUUUUUUUUUACUAUAAUGAUGCAGGUCACCAGCAAUUAAGCCAUAGUGAGACAAUAUUUUCAUUGUUCCCAGGGUGAUGGUGAUGCGUAAGGCUCCACUAGUGCAAAGUGGGAGGAACAACCCACACAAACAUAAAAUAAAAAUAAUGGGUCAAUUGUCAUUCGUGUCAUAGAGGAUAUCAAAUGGUCCAGUGGAGUCAGAUUAUUAAGGAAAAUACUAUCAAUCAGUUAUUCAGUUAUAAUCAUACUACACUAACCUGGUUUUCAUUCUCUAUUUGUUGAACCUCAAUGAAGUGCAAUUCCAUCCACCACAUUUAAACAGGGGAAAAAGUGAAGACUGAAGAGUGAAAUGCAGUACCAAAGGCUCCAGUGUCAUAUGGUUUGAAACCACUGAGAGUAUUUGGUCCCGUGGUGUUUCUAGAAUCAGGUUGGUCGACUUCAGUGUCCCCCUCCGAAUUCACCACCCAGUGACAUUUCCACAGGACAUGACUCACAGGAUGUGGCUGCUCUGCUGAACAUCUGCAAAUAGCACAGCAACCGAUAGGCCAACAAACAGCUAGGGCAUUCAAUGUGUCUGGGUAUGUGUGUGUAUUAUGCUGUAUAACAUGUACUGUACAUGUGACUACACCACAUGGGGAAAUAUAAACAGUCAUCUGUAUUUCACUCUCAUAUUGAUUCUGCAUCUCUCCAUCCCUCCAGCCAUAUCUCACCCCCCCAGGCUAUCUCAGCACUGCUCUGGGGUUGUCGAGGUGCUCCAUCGAGGGCUGUGGAGGCCGGUGACCUUUGACCUUGGGUCUGCAGAUUGGGCCAAAGUGGUGGAGGACAUAUGUACCAACCUGAGCUGCGGGGCAGUGUACGAGCGCCGACAGAAUGGCACAGCUACAUUAAACUACUCCAGCUCAACGUGUCUGAGCCAGUGUGUCUACAGAGACCUACUGGUGGAGAACUGUACAGAGCUCUCAUACACGGACUGCUCUAACCUGACUGAGAUAACCUGUGGGCACCAGGCCGUGCGAUUGGUUGGAGGCUCACACCACUGUGAAGGACGGGUGGAGUUGUGGAGAGAGGAAAAAUGGGGAACGGUGUGUGACGAUAGUUGGGACCUGAGAGAUGGGGGCGUGGUCUGUGCUCAAUUGGGCUGUGGCUCUGCCCUAAAUGUGAGUGGGCAGGACGGGUCCUUUGAAGCGGGUGUUGGUCUGGUUCUCUUAGAUGAGGUGAACUGUGGGGGGAGCGAGAGGAACCUAUGGGAGUGUCCCUCCCUGGGGACAGUCAACGACUGUGGACACAAAGAGGACGCUGCAGUGGUUUGUUCAGGAAUUCCAUCUCAACCAGGCAACGAGACGGUGGAACAGAACACCCAGACUUCAACCACAGGCUCAGUUCUACUAGUCACCAGUGCAGAGAGCCGGUCCUCUCCUCCCGUAGCUGUCUGGGGCUGCAUCGCAUUGUCUAUAGCCCUCCUCCUCACACUCCUCUCCAAUGCUUCACUCUUCCUGUCUUACAGAAGGAGAGCUGCACUUCUGGUUCACCAAAGACAAGAUGGCCGUCUGCUGUCCAUCCAGUCUCAACACACUGACCGAGGGGAGAGAGUCAACCUCCUCACAGUCACCACAGACACAGCUGAUUACAUCAGGGUCCUUGACAAUGGAGUAAGCACAAGCAGAGAGCCAUGGGAAACCACGCAGACAGCAGAGACUUCUGACGCUCCUGAGAAAUAUAAUAUUGUUGCUGAGACAAUCAACGGCAUUGAGAGAAAAAACCCUGCCACCCAAAGUCGUCAUUCGCUGGUGUCAUCCAGCACGUCUUCUGGGGAAUGCUAUGAGAACAUUGAGACACUGGAGAAGGAGCUGCUGGACUCAGGUCCAGAUUUGAGAGAAACUGCCCUCACAGACUUGAUCUGUGGAAGAGAGCCAUCCUUGGGAUCGAGUAGCAGUACAUCAUCAGGGGAAUCCUACUACAACGUGGGGAUGGCAGUGGAACAGCAUCUACAGUCAGAGAACACCUAUACACAUUCCCCUGUGCAAUCAACCAGUGCACACCAGGAUCAGCAACAGCCUGUGAACAGCAACUGCCACCUACUGAGCAGUCAAAAUCAAGAAGAUUCAAGCAGCUCAUCUUCCUCUGAGCUUUAUGAGAACAUAGAAGUCCAAGAUGAAGAGGGGAUUGGUGAUGUUACCGUGAAGGAAGUCCCGGACCAGUCUCUUUCUGACAGUGACUACGAUGACAUAACAAAUUACUAGCAUUUCAUCAAACAUAGCAGUGAAAUGAGAACUAUAAAACAGAUUCAUUUACAUAUUAGCAGUUGUUAUUAUCCAGAAAGACAAACAGGAGCAAUUAUGUUUAAUUGCCUCUCUCAAGAGCGCAGACAUAUUUUUUUCUCUCACCUCGUUAGCGUGUGGAUUCAAACCAGCGACCUUUCGGUUACUGGCCCAACGGUCUUAACCACCUUCGCUUCUCCACUGCACAGAAUGACCAGCAUUGUGAACAAACAGCACUGUCACUGAUAUUGAUUCAUACGGUGACCUGAGCCACACAACGCACACUCAAACUUUUUAAACUUGAAAUUCAAUUGUGUUAAUAUUAUCAAGGAGAAAAAGCAACAAAAAUGAAGUGCAUACAACAUUUAUUCAACUAAGACUUGAUGUGAAUAGCCUAGUGUAUAAACACAUAUGCAGAUGCUUUGUACAUAAUAUGAGCACAUGUUUUGCAAUCCAAAAGAUCUACUUCUGACUGGGCUAUCGCAACAAAUGUCUUUGGAAGUUAAGCUUUUUUUUGGGGGGGGGGGGGGGGGUGGCUUCCCUAAUGAAUGAAUUAGUAGAUAUUUAAUAAACUAUCCACAGACUACUUCAUUUGAUUAUGAUUCAUUUAUAAAGUAUCAACUACUAGACUGUCAGAGUGAAGUGAUUAUUUUAUGUUUAGUGUUUUUUCUUCUUGUAAAUGUCUAGCACAGAUGCAACGGGAAAGGUUUGGGUCAUUUAACUUCACACUAACCUCACCUUCAUACUAUACACAAUACAUGAAUGGUAAGAUCAGAAAUCCCUUAAAACAGAGAAUGCAUUUCACUCAAAGGGACAGAAGAGGAAAUAAACAAAAGGACAAGGGAAUUAGAAACUAAGACAGAAGGAAAGGCUACAGAAAAGCAUGUAACAGCAUUUUAUAUGAAAUACUACCAGAUAAUGGAAUGUCUUCAUUACUAUUUUUAUUUUAUUUUAUACAUAAAAGACUCUAUUCAAUUUAGCCUCAUCUUUCCUAAGUACCAUUUUCACACAAGUAUGGUCUGGCAUAUACCUGCUCUUAAAA